AUGACUGCCCAGCGUAAAGCCAUCGGCGGCCCUCGUGGACGUCCUCGUGCAGAUCCGAGACGUACUAGAGUAUUCUACGACCGGGAUGCAGUCUUGCAUCUUCUGUGGCAAUUCUAUCCAGAGCUUUUACACUACUUCCCCCCUAUUGAUUCUUUCGUAACGUUGCAAGGAGAGGACAGGUCCGUCGACGUCAGCAGUAACCCGUCUCCAAUCGCGCUGCUUGAGGUUGGUCGUAUGUGGCAAGCCGACCCGAGCAGUGAACCACAUCAGGGAGAACGUGCGAUCCUGUGCGUCUGGGACAGAGGCGGUUACAACAGCGACGAGCCUGAGCUUAUACCUUACGGCUAUCGAGGAACAGGCAUAUAUAAAUCACGCAGCGAUCGGGCCAUCGUGAGCGCCAAUGGCUUCGAUGCCACUGGUGUCUUUUCCGAAUUGCGCGAGAACAGAACCCCACGUCAAAACCCGGCCCUUGACGAUCUCCACGUUAUCGCCCUCUUUCAAUUCAUAAUGAUGCUGCGGGGCAACCGACGCUAUUACUGGUACGGCGAACGUCACUGGGAGUCGCACGAGCAUCAUCUUGCACCUCUCAUUCAAGCUCUGGGAAUUGUUACACGCAAGUCGAGGCAGGCUUACCCAGGAGGUCCUCAGGGAGCACUGGCUGGCGCAGCCAUACCACCUGAACAGCCACUGCCGCCACGUAGCCCAGCAUCACCGCAUCAAUUACCGUAUCAACGACCGCCUUCCCCUCCUCGAGGUAGAGUGCAACCACAACAGUUACUCCCAGCUUUGGCGUCCAGACCUCACAGCCAAAAUACGCUGACUACCUCUGAGCGUUACCGGCCGGUUUCACCAUUCCCGUUUAUGCCUUCUGGUUCAUCAGUGCCAUCGCCUACGAACCCGCGGCUUGGGGCCAAUGCUAAGCACACGAAGAACCAUAUUCGGUACACCGCGUCACGGCUUGCGGACCCUCCGUCUCCACAAGACAGCGUUAUUAAUGGCGACGCAAGCAACAGGCCUAUAAGUCUCGUUCUAGUCGCCACCGAAGCCGCCGACGGGGUUGUGGACAAUAGGACUACAACUGAAGAGUCUACGCAACUUGAGGAAGAACUUCUUGCAAAGACUCAGUCGUCGUCCUCGGACGGUCAGCGUCAGCACCCUAUCUACAAGGUCAGGAGCGAAUCGAGGCGCAGGUCGCGGCGUGGAAAGUAG